UCUGGCUGACCUACCCCUUCCCCCGGGACUGCGUGGAGGAGCAGCUGAACGGGCCGGGCCCCUCCCGCGAGGUGACCAUCUACCUGGGGGGCGACAGGCAGCGCCCCCUGCAGGUGUACUGCGACAUGGAGACCGACGGGGGCGGCUGGCUGGUGUUCCAGCGUCGCAUGAACGGCAAGACGGAUUUCUGGCGCGACUGGCAGGACUACGCCCAGGGCUUCGGGAACCGGUCCCAGGAGUUCUGGCUGGGUAACGACGCCCUGCACCAGCUGACGGCGGCGGGGGAGCAGGAGCUGCGGGUGGAUCUCCGGGCCGGCGCGGAGGCCGUGUUCGCCCAGUACCAGCGGUUCCGGGUGGACCCCCCCAGCGAGCAUUACCGCCUGCACCUGGGCAGCUACCGCGGCACGGCCG